AUGCGGGACUCGGCGACUAAACAGAUGGAGGCCUUCGUGGAGGUUCUUCGGGCCACGCCGGCGGUGCUGGGCCUUAUCCGUCUGUGUAUUGGCACACCAUCGGAAGUCCAACUGUAUACGGCUAGUGUACAGAUAGUAUCACGUCUGGUAGAGGCGACGAGUCGAGCGACGGACCCGGAGUUCAUCAGAGUAAUGCUGGCGGACUUGCUCAACUUGCAGGAGCUACUGCCUAUAUGCGUCGGUGCUCUGCGACAAUUGAACGUGAAUGAUUAUGAAUCGGUCAAGGCUGUGUUUCUGGUCAGCCAAAUGCUGCGUAAUGUGGGGCUCACCCAGAAGGCACUGCCGCCGGAUUCCCAAGCUCGAGUGCAGAGUGUGCUCCAGAGCACUCUGGGCAGCAGUCUGGCGGAGAGUCCCGAGUUGGCACGCUUCUACGAGGGAGUUGUGAAUGGCACUUUACCGCCUACGCAGCUCAGAGAGACACUCUUGCAAUGUGUCAAGAUUACCAUUGCUAAACUAGGUGGACAGGCGUGA